AUGGCAGAGGUCAACCCCCCAAUCCAUUACAAAUCGCUCGCCGUCCUAGCAAGUUACCUCUCAACCGCAGCAAUCCUCACUGCCAUCUGCUGCAACACAAUCUAUACCCGGUACCAAGCCCGCCAAAAGAACAAUGACUGGGCAACACCCCAUCGACGCAACCAAUUCUUCCUCUUCACCUGCCUGGCAACCCUAAGCAUCGCCACAACUUGGUACUACAUGUUCAUGGUCUUCGUCCACUCAUACACCACCUGGGCCACCAGUCCCGAAGGCAUCGCCUACUCAACCAUAGACAUGAAUUUCCUCGUGCGCGCCGGCCUGUGGCUAAAAAAGUCCUACCUCUUCCAAGAAGCCUGGGAAACAGUCUCAGAAACACCAACGCGCUUCUGGUGGAGCGGACAAAUCUUCGGCUGGACGAUCGGGUGGAGCGUAUUCCUGGCCAUCACAGGUCGACGAUACCGCAUCCCCCGUGUUUGGGUGUAUAUGCUUCUUGCGCAAUUCGUCGCCGUCUCAUUCGCGGCAAAUCUGUUCUUCGUGACUAUUCUCGUUUCCCCACGGCCGGAUAGGAAGGAUGUGUUCUUUGCGUGGGCGCCGCCGUUGCUGGUUGAGGUCUUGCCUGUCGUUUUGUCGCUGCUUGAUACCCUUGCUGUGCCGGUUUAUGCGCGUAGGAAGGAGUUUAUGCCGCUUUUGCUCCUUCCGCAUGUUUUAGUGUUUGUUCCUUGUUUGCUUGGGCCCGGGGCUGGGGCUGGGUCGAAGGAUACGGCUGUGGCUCAGGGGGAACGGACUACGCGUCGUUAUGUUGUCUUUUUGCAGUGGGUUUGGGCGGCUUUUGUUGCUCUACAGGCUUACUUUACGGCUUUGAUGUUGAAGGAUGUUGGGAUGGAUGUCGAGUACGGCGAGGUUGGUCGACGACUACUGGAUGCUGUUUAUGCUCAUCCGGCUUGUAGUAGUGUUAGCUGGGAUGUUAUCUGCUGUACGUUGAGUGCUUCGUUGUGGGCGGUUGUGCAUGGGUUUGAUACGAGUUCGAUGAUUGGUGGGCAGUGA